AUGGAAUCUGUGUGGCUUGAUGAUGAUUGUUACUGUAUCUAUUUAGAUUCUGAUAACUGCAUCACCUGCAAUGAGAGUGAGUGGACCAAUAAGAAGAGAGAUAUGUGCAUCCCAAGAACUGUAGACUUCCUGUCACAUGGGGACUAUCUGUGCUUGGGAUUGGUUGCCUUUUCAGUGGUUAAAGCAGAAGUGAUCUGCUCAGUGUUGUGCAUCUCCUGUAUCUAUAACAACACUCCAGUAGUGAAGGCCAAUAACCUGGAGCUCAGUUACAUCUUACUGCUCUCCAUCUUCUUCUCUUUCCUUUGUGUCUUGUUAUUCAUUGGGCGACCUCAGAAAGUCACCUGCCUGCUCAGACAAGUUACAUUUGGGAUCAAUUUUACACUUUCUGUCUCUUGUGUCCUGGCUAAAACGGUCACAGUUGUCAUUGCCUUUAAUGCCACAAAGCCUGGAAGCAAGAUAAAGAAAUGGGUGGGAACCAGAGUGUCCAUCUGGCUGGUCCUUCUCUGCUCACUGGUCCAGGUUGGGAUAUGCCUGGUCUGGCUGAUCUCCUCCCCACCAUUCCCAGACUAUGACACUCACACUUACACUGGGAAGAUGAUAUUACAAUGUAAUGAAGGUUCUGUCACUGCAUUCUACACUGUGAUUGGUUACAUGGGAUUCCUGUCUGCAUUAAGUUUCAUUGUUGCUUUCCUGGUUAGGAAGUUACCAGACAGUUUCAAUGAGGCCCAGCUGAUCACUUUCAGUAUGCUGGUGUUCUGCAGUGUUUGGGUGUCCUUCAUCCCAGCGUACCUGAGCACCAAGGGCAAAUACAUGGUGGCUGUGGAGAUCUUUGCUAUCCUGACUUCCAGUGCAGGGCUGCUGGGCUGUAUCUUCAUUCCCAAGUGCCACAUUAUCCUCUUCCACCCUGAGAAGAACACUCGGAGACACCUCAUUGGGAAACUGGGAUGAUGAGUAUGGGGAGGUUGUGCUGUGUCGUUCCCCUAAAUCAUUCUUGUUCUUAAAAUAUAUGAAUUUAAAAUGUUAGAGUUA